AAAAGUGGCUUGGAGUAGGUGUGAGGCCCUCUUCAGGCUAGAAUUUUCUCACCCAUUCUUCUCACCAGGUGCCUUCCUCCACCCACCCCCGGUGUCCGGCUGCCAUGUCUUGCUCCAGAAACUGGGUGCUGCAGCUCACCUCCCUACAUUCACACGCACCCAGUCAUCUCAGCCACCUACCCACGCAGUGCCUCCCAGCCACGCCCUUCCCAACCCCUCCCAGUGCCUGUGGUGACUUAGCCAGCUCUCUCACUGCCUGAGACUCAGUGCCAUGCUAUGGGGAGUCUGCAGCCCUGGGCCCGGUACUUGCUCCUGGUUGUGGCCCACCUGCUGGCCAUGGGCCUUGGGGCCAUGGUGCUUCAGGCCCUGGAGGGUCCUCCAGCACGCCAGCUCCAGACCCAGCUCCAGGCUGAGCUGUCUGCCUUCCAGGCAGAACACAGGGCUUGCUUGCCACCUGAGGCACUGGAGGAACUGCUAGGUGCGGCCCUGAGAGCACAGGCCCAUGGAGUUUCCAGCUUGGGCAACGGCUCCGAGGCAAGCAACUGGGAUCUGCCUUCAGCUCUGCUGUUUACUGCCAGCGUCCUCACCACCACCGGUUAUGGCCAUAUGGCCCCACUCUCUGCAGGUGGAAAGGCCUUCUGUGUGGUCUAUGCAGCACUUGGGCUGCCAGCCUCCCUAGUACUUGUGGCUGCCCUGCGCCACUGUCUGCUGCCUGUGUUCAAUUGCCCUGGUGCCUGGGUAGCUGUUCGGUGGCAGUUGGCACCAGCCCAGGAUGCCCUGCUACAGGCAGCAGGACUAGGCCUCCUGGUGGCCUGUGUCUUUGUGCUGCUGCCAGCUCUGGUGCUAUGGGGUAUACAAGGUGACUGCAGCCUGUUGGAAGCCAUCUACUUCUGCUUCGGCUCGCUCAGUACUAUUGGCCUAGGAGACUUGCUGCCUGGUCAUGGACGUGGCCUGCAUCCAGCCAUUUACCACCUUGGACAGUUUGCACUUCUUGGCUACUUGCUCCUGGGGCUCCUGGCCAUGCUGUUAGCAGUAGAGACCUUCUCAGAGCUGCCACAGAUCCGUGCCAUGGUAGAAUUCUUUGGACCCAGAGGUUCUAGAGCAGAUGAAGACCAAGAUGGCAUCCUAGGUCAAGAUGAGCUGGCUCUGGGUACCAUGCCUCCUGACCCCCCAGCCUCGGAGCAAACCACUCAAGCAUCAGCGUCAGAACAGACCCCAGCUUGCUGACACAGAUCAGGUGACAGGACUUCAUCGUUUACACUGGGGGACCCUGAGCUGGAGGCCCUGAGAGUCUUGGGGAACGCAGCAGGAAGGGUUUGCAGGUAUGAGAAUGUCAGGGAUCAUGUUAAUUUAAAAAAUCAAAUGGGCUGCUUAGCAUGCUCGAGGGGACUCUGGGCUCAAUCUUCCCACCAGAAAAGAAAGAACUCAACUGUGUGAGUGCAUGUACAGCAAUAAAAAAAUCUAGUGUGGGUGUGGAGGCAUGCACUCAGGUGGUGGCAAAGCACAUGUCUGGAGGUCAAAGGACAACUUUGUGGGUUUGGUUCACUCCUAGUCACCUUUAGGUGGUUCCAGGGACUGAACUCAGAUCUUCAAGCUUGACCAAAAAAAUGCUUUUAUCCACUGCUCUAGCUGAAUGGCCCAUUUAAUUUUUUUUCCCUUUAGAACAAUGUCACAAGGUAAACCAGGCUGAUCUUUAAUAGAUCUGCCUCUCCGGUGCUGGGAUUAAAAAUAUAUGCUACCACCAA